AUGAGGGCAAUUAACGAUUGAAUUAGAACAUACAUUUAUUCUUCAACAAAAUUUAGAUCUACGUAAUAAGUAUGCUCUUAAAUCAUUAAAAGAAAUUCAGACAAAGCUCGGAAUAUUUAUCAAUGAAAUUUAAUAAAAAUGAAACUACUGAAAAAUUGAACGUCCAUCUGGCUUGUUAUUUCGACUCACUCCGAGUCAAGCCAUCCGAGUUCGAGGUAACCACCAACCAAUUAACAAUGCGACGCCCUAAUUCCAAUUCCCAAUCAACCCCCAUCCCGCCACGAAAGUUACCGCUCGACGCGGAACACACCUCCACGAAAACAAAGACCAGAAGACCGAAAACCCCAUCUCCAAACACCAACCAUCCCAACCUUAAACCCUGGCUCCCGACAUCUGGAAACGUCUAUUUCCGGCGCGAACUCGAAGACCUCUCCCAAUAAUUCCCCAAAUCGGGAUAACCCGCCGAUUCAAUCUCCGGAUGGAAAUAAAUUUAUUCAAGCUUUGCUCUGGCCUCAGAGUCCUCGGCUACUUCAUGAUCCUCCUUGUCGCCGGAAUUAUCGGCAUUUCUUACUACGCCGUCGUUUUCCUCACCUGUGGCCCACAGUUACUCCGCGGUGGAUUCCACUCCUUUUUAUCCUUCGCCAUCGUCAUUAUAUUCCACGUUCUGCUUAUACUUUUAUUAUGGAGUUAUUUUAGAGUUGUGUUUAAGGACCCUGGUUCUGUACCUGAAAAUUGGAGAGCGGUUUCCGCGGAGGAGAAUUUGGGGGUUGGUAGUUCUUUGGCAGCGGUGGAUGAUGGAUUUGAGAGAAGAUCACGUGGUGGUUAUUGCAUCCAUUGCCAGAAUGGGAAGCCGCCGCGGUGCCAUCAUUGUUCUGUUUGUCAAAGAUGUGUUCUCAAGAUGGACCACCAUUGUGUCUGGGUGGUGAAUUGUGUUGGAGCACGCAACUACAAGUUUUUUCUUCUUUUCUUGCUGUAUACAUUUUUAGAGACAACAAUGGAUACCGUAGUGUUGCUGCCGAGUUUUAUCAAUUUCUUUGCUGAUGCCAAGAAUCACUCCUCCACUCCUUCCAAUUUAGCAUUAGUCUUUUUGGCCUUUGUUCUCAAUUUGGCUUUUGCUCUGAGUCUUCUUUGUUUCCUAGUCAUGCAUGCAUCUCUUUUAUCAAGCAACACAACAUCAGUAGAGGUCCAUGAGAAGAAAGGAACAGUCAGGUGGAAAUAUGACUUGGGCAGGAAAAUGAAUUUUGAGCAGGUGUUUGGCACGAAGAAAAGUUUGUGGUUCUUCCCAUUGUUCUCACAAGAUGAUUUACACAACAUACCAGCACUUGGUGGCUUAGAUUUUCCAACACGUUCAGAUGUUGAAGCUUGAGUUUUUAUUGAGAUUACGGUCUAUCUCAAUUCUGGCAUUCAAAGUGACUGCCUGUGUAUCAUAUUGCAUUCUGGUUCUUUUAUGUUUACUUGUUCGGUUUGAAAGGAUGCAACUGACGUUAUGUUUGAUUCGAUUUUGUUUUGAUGCUGGCUUUAAGGGAACGUAAAUAAAUGUUUUGGAUCAUUUUUUUUUUUUAAUAUUUGAAGCUGUUAAGAUUUGAAUUUAAUCGCUGAAAUUAAGAAUUUAAUGUGGUUGUUGGCUUAGAUCAUGUUUCUUUGUUAAUGAAGGUUGACGGUAAAGACGGUCAUCUUGCUGCAAGGUGAUAAUAUGCCGACCAGAAGCGUAUUGCCGAUCUCUGAAAAUUCAUUUAUCGAUGGUAUAUUUCAUUAGAACCAGUUUCCCGACGGUGCUAAAGCUUUUUGAAAUGAGAUUUUUAUAGGUGAAGCAUGACAAGAAUGAAGCGAAUUUCCCUAGUUCCUAUGGAAUGGAAAUAAGAUUUUAAACAUAAAAAAAAUCCCUGCCAACUUUUGUUCCUCAACCCCAUGCAUGUUUCAUGCUUGAAGGCUUUGUUGUCGUUGAACCAACUCGACAUUUUGUCAAAAAUCAAAAAGCCGGCCGAGUAGCCGACAAAUAAUGGAAAAUAAAUAUAGAUGGCUCGAUUGGAGGACCCAAUGUCAACUGUUCCAGCCCACAAGAAGCAUUCGGCCGUGGGGUUUUCUUUAAUUUUAAAAAAAAAAAAAAAGGCUGGCGUGAAGUUGGGCGUGUGGUCUGUAAUUCUUUAAUUGUUUCGUUCUUUUUCUUUGAAGCUUGGAUACUAUUUUAUUACAAU